AUGACAAUGGAGAACUUCGUGAAGGAUAUCAAGACCAGGCAAAAGAAUCUGAACCGUAUCUUCACUGUGCUAGAAACAGGCCAAGUGACCAAAACAAAGGACGGCAUGAGGUUUGGACCUGAAAAAUGGCAGACAAAACAGGCAGCAUCAAUAUCUCUGUCUGGAACAACCUGGGCUACCUCUCCAGUUUCUGAGAACAUGAACAGGAAUGGACUAAGUACCCCACCAGAUCCUGGUGGUGGCCCAUACUCCCCUCACAUUCCCUCCCCCCAACCUAGCACCAGAAUCACUUGAAGCCAGCCCAACCACACACCAGAUGGCCUUUCUGGCCCCUCCAGCAAUCCCAUCAGUAAAGGCAAAGAAACACACAGGAACAGCAAGAGAUAG